GGCUCGCGCUCCCUACUCUCGACUGAACAGCGCUACGCAGCAAUCGAAGGAGAGGCCUUAGCCGUAGCUUGGGGAUUAGAACAAACCAAGUACUUCACACAAGGCUGCGACAAUCUCCUCGUCGUCACCGACCAUAAGCUGCUCGUGAAGAUAUUCGGCGACCGCACCCUUGACGAGAUCACCAACACACGUCUGUUCCGUCUAAAACAGCGUACCCUCCAGUGGCGUUUCGACAUCAAACAUCUGCCUGGGACAAGUAACCUUGCAGCUGACGCAGCAUCUCGACACCCGUCACCCACAGACCCUGACUGUCACUCCUCAACGGGAUCGCCGAGCACCCCCGACAUGGUAGAAGCAGCACACAUGGCAUCCAUUUGAGACGACACUCAGGACAUCAGUACCAUAUCAUGGCCCCUCCUCGCACAAGAAACAGCCUCUGACACGUCGCUUAGCAACCUCCUUCAACAGAUUGAACACGGAACGACAACUGCUGACAGCCGCGAUCCUGAUCUCGCACCCUUUGGGCCCAUCCGUGAUUCUAUCUAUGCACAUGAAGGGGUCCUCUUGUACCAGGAUCGCGUCAUUGUCCCCACCUCUCUCCGUCCCCGUGUUCUUCAGCACCUCCACGCAGCCCACCAAGGCACCUCGUCAAUGGAGCAACGUGCUCGCACAAUAAUCUACUGGCCAGGAAUGGCAAGGGACAUCCGUGCUAUCAGAGAACGCUGUUCAGACUGCAAUAGGAAUGCACCAUCACAAGCUGCCACCCCUCCCCUACCAUCGCAGCCACCGUCUACCCCGUUCGAGGCGGUCUUUGCCGACUUCUUCGACUACGGCGGGUAUCACUACUUGGUCGCUGGCGACCGCCUCUCAGGGUGGGUAGAAGUGUUCAGUUCAAAAGCGGGGACCACCCUUGCAGGCGCUGCAGGCCUGACUCGCCAUCUACGCUAUCUCUUCGCCACGUUCGGCGUACCGGAAGAGCUUUCCAGUGAUGGGGGACCCGAGUUCACAGCAGGGGUCACACAGGACUUCCUCCGAGCAUGGGGCGUACGCCACCGUGUGUCAUCCGCGCACUUCCCCCAGUCUAACGAACGGGCAGAGGUGGCCGUUAAAACAGCCAAGCGCCUCCUUAUGUCAAACACUGGUCCGACGGGUAGCCUCGACCAUGACCGUUUCCUACGCGCUAUGCUGCAGCUACGCAACACACCUGACCCAGACUGCAACGUCUGGCCCACUCAGAUUAUCUUCGGUCGCCCCCUGAGGGACACACUCUCUUUCGUCAACAGACUAGAGAAGUUCUCCAACCCUCACGUCAGACCACUCUGGCGCGAGGCGUGGGCUGCCAAGGAAGACGCCCUCCGCUCCCGUUUCACGCGUACUGCUGAGACACUGAAAGAACAUUCGCGCCCACUCAGACCGCUUGCCGUCGGCGAGAGGGUCUUCCUCCAAAACCAGCAGGGAAGAAACCCCAACAAGUGGGACAGGUCGGGAGUUGUAGUUGAGUCUCCAGGCCACGACCAGUACCGUGUCAAGGUUGACGGGUCCGGACGCCUAACCCUACGCAAUCGUCGAUUUCUACGGGCUUACACUCCAGCCUCUCCAGACAUCAAGCCACCGCCCGCGGUAGCAACACCUCCACACCAACCUUGUCACACAUCAGAGCAGCGACAACGGUCUCAACGCCCCCCAGCCCUGUCCCCACAAAGGACACCCACGACGACGCCCUCGCCAUCUGAGUUGGGAUCACCAGAAAAGUCUCCCUUCGCGGACUCUGAUCCAGUGGGUCCCGCAGCUCCCGCCCGCCACCCUCACUACAGCCCUGCCGAGUCGGUGUGUGCACUACUUCCCAACGAAGAGCCUUUAGUGUCCCCUCCGCAACAGGAGAAGGCAGCGGCCCCGCAGCCGCAGCUGCACUCUCCACGUCCAUGCCGCGCACGCCGACCGCCAAAACGUUUCGAACCCGAGACUGGUCAAUGGUACGAGCCGUAAGUCCGUCCAUCUACGUUCGCCCGUAGCCUCCCGGACUGGGGGGGGGGGGGUGGGGAUGUAGAGAUUACCGCUGACCACUCUCGUUCCCAGGACUAUGGGACGGGUGGAAAAAACAAGAUGGCGGACUAAAGUUGACUUCACGAACUAUACACCGCUUCACUGGGUGUAAUCCACCAGUUUUUACCCAUUUAUAGUCGACGACUUCAACAUCUUUGUCAAUAAAUCGAGUUGUCAUCGAGGAGUAUUUAUCUUCAAACUGUGACCCGUUGUCUUCUGUUGCUCAAGUAAGAGUGGAACCAGCAAAGAAGGGAACCAGAAAUGCCGAAACUGUGCUCCAGUUUGUAGAGAAGUGCGGCAUGGUCCACCUUGUCGAAUGCUUUCGACAUGUCCAUGUAGAUGACGUCCGUUUGUUUCCCGUUAUCCAACAAAGAGCCGAUAUGGCGCAAUACCUCAAGUAGCUGGGUGGUACAAGAUUUUCCAGGCAGGAAUCCGUGCUGAACGUUGUUAAUCAGAGUUGUUAAAUGAUCCCGUAUGUUGGCGAGUACGCAGCGCUCGAGAACUUUCGAUAUGACUGGCAACAGAGAUAUCGGGCGAUAGUUCUCGACUUGUUGUUUAUCCCCUUUUUUGUAGACUGGAAUAAUGUUAGCCAGUUUCCAUUCAUCAGGUGGUGAGUGAGCUUCGUAAUUGGACAACCAUUCGACGGCCAAAGAAAGAGAUGGGAGUUGAGUGGUGGUAUCAACGUUCCAGUCAAGAUCCAAAUCGAAGUAUCAAUGAACAAAGCGAAGAAACUAAAGCGCACUCUUGACCAGAUUGGCAAGUGAGAUCUGCGCUAUCAAACUGCACAACUUGAUGGAACUUUAAUUGAGUGAGUGCCAGCGACUCGUUUUGCAUAAUUAAACUGUUCUGUUAAUCCUUGUAAUCUGAGAUUAAGCGGUAUGCGACUACAGGACAAUGUGAACCGGAAACGAACAUUUGUAGUUGAAAAGCAUUUGAAUCUAUCUAUCAUUAAACUUUUCUUUUAGUA